GAAGAAGACUGCGCGCGCGCUGCACCGAUGUGCAGUGACCACAUGCCGACCGUCGAGGUUCUUACAAGCAUCAUGGGAGUCACUGUGAUCGUAAUGAACCUUUACAGGCUUGCUGUGUCCAUCACUGGAUUCGAAGAAGUUGGAGACUGGCCUCUGUGGCACCACAUAUCUGGGCUUACGGAAGCAUUCAACUACCUCGCCUUGGGCGUUUGCAUGCUGCUGCUGUUCGCGGAAGUGAACGACCACUCGAAGAUCAUCAUGACCAGCCUCGAGCAAGCGGUCUAGGGACGAGGGUCUCAUCCUGGGUCCGAGCCAGCUGGGAAGACCGCCAUAUGGCGCUACCUGGACCCACAUCGUUGCAGUUCAUCCUCAUCAGCGUGAGCGGCAUUGCGAACGCUGCUCGUCUGUUCGCGGCCGAGUACGGCACCCAUGUCAGGUUGCCUUGCGACGAAAACGUCGAGGCAACUGACGAGUUGAGCGGUCUCUCGACGUUCGACGCCGUCUGGACGGAUCCCCGGGGCGUCACGCUAGCGGGCGACGACGACCAGGGUGCCGCCGAGCUCCGAGGCGAACCGUGGGUGGACGCCUUCAGCGGCGACCUGUCUCUGGCAGCCGUGGAUUUUGCGGACGCCGGCGAGUACACGUGCAGCGCGCGCUACGCCGACGGCGAGGCUCUCUCGGAGCCGCGGGCGUCCAAGCACGUCUUGCAAGUGUACGAAACGCCUGCGGCGGGAGUCUGCGAGUGCGGAUGCGAGCUGGUUGCGAACGUGUGCCUCGCCUGCGGCCCGGGUCAGUAUGGAAAGGACGGUGCCUGCCACCUCUGUUCCAUAGGCAGCUUCAACGAUCGCCACGGCGCCCUCUGCUGCCAGCGCUGUCCCUUUCUCUACGUCACAUGGGGCCGUGGUGCCACUUCGAGGCGGGAGUGUUCCGGUGCGUUUAAUAACAACU